AUGUCUACUCUCCUGUUUGACCCAUUGACAACGACAACUGUCGAGCUGCAGCAGCGACUAGUUAGCGGUAAAUUAAGUAGUGUUCAGAUUAUCGAGACAUACCUCACCCAAAUAGAUGCACAUAAUCCGGCCCUUAAUGCCUUCAUCUCACUUGCUCCUCGAGAUGCUCUUAGAAGCAUCGCAGCAGCGCUCGAUGAUGAGCGCGCUGCUGGAUCUCUUCGCGGCCCUUUCCAUGGCAUACCCAUUGUUCUAAAGGAUAGCAUUAUGACGGCUUCAGAGCUUGGGAUGCCUACAACUGCGGGCUCUUUCGCGCUGGUGCAAGCCAAAUGCAAAAAGAAUGCUCCGUUGGUAGAAAAAUUAAUAGAUGCUGGCCUAAUCAUCCUGGGCAAGGCCAAUUUGACCGAGUUCUGUGGCCUGAAGACCUCGGCCAUGAUGCCUGGAUGGUCUGCUUACGGUGGCCAGACGCUGUCUCCGUAUGUUGGCCAGAUUGAGGAUAAUGAGACAAUUCUUGGACACUCUUCGCCUUAUUACCCUGAAGUUUCGUCUAAUAGAGCAUGUGCACAGUCACCUGGAGGCUCAUCGACAGGACCAGCUGUAGCUAUAGCUGCUGGAUUUGCCCCUCUGUCGAUAGGCACUGAGACUACAGGAUCGAUUAUGGUGCCUGCGUCCCGAAACGCCCUGUAUGCAAUCAAGCCUACUGUUGGGGAUGUCGACAUGAGAGGAGUGUUCUCUCUAAGUGAACUCUAUGAUGCCGCCGGACCAAUGGCGAAAUCAACCGCUGAUCUUGUGCCUGUAACCGAGAUACUCCUGGGUCGCAAACUGACCUCUGCAGGGCAAAAAAAUUGGCAAGGUUUGUCAGUUGGCUUCGCUGAUCCGAGGGUAUGGAAUCUGGGCGACUCAAUGUGCCGACAGCAUGAAGGCACAGCAGAAGAGAUGAUCGAGACUUACGAGCUAGUUGUCUCCAUGUUAAAGGAGGCCGGUGGCGCUAUCCAUUAUCCCGUUGCUGUCCCGGAUGUUUCAGAGUUGACCGUUGAUGGUAAAGAGGCAUUUAUGAAGAUUGCAUUUUGGGAUUGCAAGAACAGAACCAUUGACAAUUUUCUCAAAGAAUACGAGGAAUCGCCCGUGCGAUCGCUUGCUGACAUUGUUAAGUUCAAUGAAGAGCACAAAGAUGAUGCUCUCCCUCAUCCAUUCCCUGACCAGAGUGAUCUUCACAAGUGUCUGGCCAACGCCGAUGAGGAAGAAGAGAUAGAGUUUCUCAAGAAGGGACUACGGGCAAAAGCGAGACAACUUUUGGACUCUACCUUCGAUACGGAAGGAGUGAGCAUUAUCGCUGCGCCCACAGAUUCGGCGCUGCUGAUCCAUGGCGCAGCUGCAGGCUACCCUACUGCAAAUGUUCCUCUUGGAAUUCUGUCGUACAAUGGCAGAGCAUACGGUACUUGUUUAAUUGCCAAGGCAGGCGAGGAAGAGACGCUGCUGCAGUUUAUGAGUAUCUAUGAGAACACGCUCUCACCAAGGCCUGUUCCUGAUCUUAGAAAGCUAUCCCCCAUAGCAGGCCAUAAAAAGAUAGGGCCUCAGUGA